AUGGCUAAACGUCUGCAUGCUCGUUUCUCGUUGUUCGAGAAGGAUGCGCUUGACAAAUCAGCUGUUGAGGUCGUCGUGCAGCCGCCCUCCAACUGAAGUCGUUUUUCUAGACCUUUCAGGCAAAGAUUUAGUCGCUCUUGACUCAAAACUUUCGCAAUGCUCCAAAUUGUCUACCCUUCUUCUCAAGAACAACCAGCUGGCGUCGACCGACGGUCUCGAUUCGUGCACGGAGCUUUGGCGACUCGAUCUAGCUUGUAACACUGUUAAGUGUUUGGAUGGUUUGGCACGCUUUGUUGCUCUCGGAAUACUCGAGUUGUCUUGCAACAAUUUGGAUUGGCUGGAAUUGAGAAAGAUCAGACACAUGCAUAUCAUUAGUCUUCACUUGCAAGGAAACCCUAAGCUAGACAAAGACCCUCACUACCGAUUUCAUGUUAUUGACAUAUUUCCACAUCUGUGGAUGUUGGACGGAUCACUGAUAACAGCAUCUGAGAGACGGAGAGUUGAUCGAUUUUUUAGAGAUACUUUGAACAGCAGUCGGCCAGUGCAUCACAAGUUGGGCGAUCAAUUAUUUACUCCCACGUCUAUGAAGAACCUUGCAGUUAAUGGUGUUUUUGGAGAGAAGACAACUCAUAUGAUGACUCGAUUUCCACAAAAUGCUGUUCACAACAGAGACAUUGACCUGAGACGUCUUCUAUACAUGGGCUAUAGCCUCCAACAGGAGAUGAUACUGGAAGCACAGCACGCACAAUUGUUGGGUAAAGAUGUGACUGCGCCUCCUUCAUUUGAAAUGAUGUUGGAAACAAGAAACAACGGACACGCAGAGCAAUGCAACAUGCUGUUGUUGCUUCUUGUGGCCUCUGUGAUUUAUGCAUUGCCUGUUGAUCUUCUUGAAGAAACUCUGGAAGUGGCCAGAUUGAUGCAAAUUGGGCCAGUUGAAUGUUCUCAAUUUCUCAGUCUCUCACCAACUAAUUGUUGCAAGGCGGCUUCUCUACUUCUAGCUGCAGUUUCAAUUGACAAAGAUGCUGGCAAGAAUGGUGGGGUCUAUACUGGACUGUACUAUGCUCUUGUUCAAGCUAUUUCAAUUAUGAAAAGAUUACUUCCUAAAAUUGUUGAAAAGAACUCAAUACCGAGUAAAGAAAUCAAUAAGAACAUGUCACCUGAAGCCCAGUGUAUUCUGGCAUCCGAGAUCACACAACUGCUAUGCCUUGUUCCCUCUUUCUACACGUCUGCAGACAGACAACCAGGCAUCAUGAACCUUUUGUAUGCUGCUACUCAAGAUGCAGAUAUUCCGACCAAAAUUCACUCUAUUAUGUGGAGAGAUGGGGUUGAAUUGGCAGUCAUACAACACCAAAUUGCAACCUUGCUAAUGCAGGAGAUGAAAGACAGUGCUGCAUUAUUUGGGUCAAUCAAGCGCCAGCGUGGAAUUGUUUCUUCAAGACGGAGACCUUUCUCGUCUUCAGAUAUUCCAUUGAACACAAGUACUGGAAGAAACACGUCUCUUGUUCGUGGUAGCAUGAGUGCCAUACAGACACAUAACAGGAGCAGACGAAUGAUGUCUCGUUCGCCAGCUCUUGGAGAUCAUGUGCUGCUGAGUAAGGAGAAACUCGGGCGUGUUGUUGCUCUACCUGAUGCCAAAGUUGCUGUCGUACAGCGACUGAGUGGAGCUACUUCUCCUGCAGCUUCAUUAGGUGAUCAAGAUAGUUUCUUGUAUAUUAAUGUUCAAAAGCUGAUCUGGGAGGGAGCAGGUUUUUGGAGACCGACUAGCCAAUCUACCAUACUCAAUUCACCAAAACAGGCUUGGGAAUCACAAACACUGCUCUUCACACAGUCUCAGUUGUCGGGUGCUCUUUCUUCCUCUGCUAUGUCCACUGUUAGCCCAACCAAGCCUGCCGAAAAUGCUUUACUAGAUCCGUGUCCGCCACCAUCUUCUCCAACUGGAAGCACUGCAGCUAUUAAUGAAAAUGCAGCAGAUGUAGGCGCUCUUUCAACAGCACAGUCUAGGCAAACUAUCCAGGUUGAUCUGCAAAGUGCACUUGAUCUGGAUAAAACUGAAAGUGUUGCUCUCCUCAGUGCCGGCCCUUCGGUGGCUGAUAUUGGUGGUCUCGAAAAGAAUGUUACUUCAACUAAAGUUGAAUCUUCUGAAACAACUGAUGAAUCAAAACAUGCACAUUUAGAGAUUGACGAGUCAACUGUAGAAGAUGCAGCUGCUCAGACUGUUGAUGUCAAUAAAGAAGACUUUGCUAAUAAUGAAAAGGCCACUAAUGAAGUAGCUGAAGACGUGUCAUCAAAUGUUCCUGUUUCUGUUUCUUCGUUAUACGUUCCUACCCAGUCUGUUAUGCUUGAGACAGAUCAGUUUAGACAAGUGAUUACACCAGAACUUAGGCAUCGACUUGGCUCGCCAGUCAGUAAAGAAAUGUGUAAUGGUAAUGUUGUGUGGAUGGUUGGUGAGACAACGCAAAGACAUACAGCACCAUACAUUAUUAAGCAUAUGAUGUUUCGUUCUACUAAACUGCUGAGAAGAAGACAAACAGGACCAGAAGGUAGACUGUUUCCUGCAUCACAGCAAAGUCAUUGGGUAGAUACUGUGGCAAGGGGUUCUGUAGCUCAGCACUCUGGGAAAGGAUUUCAAGCAGCUGGGUUGGAUAGAGUAUGGUCAGUUGUGUCAUGCACUCCGCCUGGUUUGCAGGCAGUAGGAGAUGAAAUUCUUUCCAUGAAAAAGAUAGAUCCUGAUCCUUCAAGAUCAAAAAGACAAAUUGCAAUUGACUACAGCAACUUUCGAAGAACAAACAGUUACGUUAAAGGUCGUGCGACUUCUCCUCGAAAGCUGGGUACUCUUUCAACUGCAAUCUCAGGCAGACACGAUAGAUGGUGACUGUUACAGGUCGAUGUUGAUCGUUGCUUUGACUGCAUAGCACAUCGUCUUUUACUUUACAUCGAUUAUGCGCUGAAUGAAGAGAAUAUUUUGGUAAUUAUUUUUGUUUAGAUGAUUGAUGUGUGACAUGAGAGUACUUUGAUAGGUACAGCUCAGCUAUAUUUUGUAAACUGAUUUCUAUGCGUAAUUGAUAGCUACUGCUGCUUUACAGUUAAUUGUAUUACUAAUUAAUUAAGCAAUCUAGCGUUGUUCAUACAAA